AUGGCUCUUGUUUGCCUGCGUAAUUUGAGUGCAUUGAGUCGUGUGUUUGGACCGUCAGAGGUUCAAACAUUAGUAAUUGUUUAUGAAGUAUUACAAAUAAUCUCUUUAUGUAUUGUCUGGUAUAGUGUAAGUGCAUUUGGAAAUGUUAUUGUUAAAGCAUUAUUAAAUGAAUUCCCAUUUCCAUUAACUGUAACACUCGUUCAAUUGUUGAGUGUAUGGCUAUACAGUAUACCAUUAUUAAAAUUAUGGCACGUACCUCCACCAAAUUAUUUAUAUCAAAAUAGAAUUUAUUAUUUCAAAGUUAUCAUUCCAUUAUCUAUAGGAAAGUUUUUAGCACAAUUUUCUUCACAUGUUUCAAUAUGGAAAGUACCUGUCUCAUACGCUCAUACGGUUAAAGCAACUAUGCCAUUCUUUACCGUGGUACUAUCGCGAAUUAUUCUCAGAGAAAAACAAUCAUUAUCGAUUUAUAUGUCACUUAUUCCGAUUAUUGUUGGCGUCAUCAUCGCAACUGUUACAGAGUUAUCCUUUAAUAUGGUUGGUCUUAUCAGUGCUUUACUGUCCACAUUUGGAUUUUCAUUACAAAAUAUUUAUUCAAAAAAAUCUCUCAAAGAUAUAUCAAUUCAUCAUCUGUCACUGUUAGCUAUUCUAGCCAAAAUCUCCUGGUGUAUGUUUGCACCGUUUUGGUUUUUCUAUGAUGGUAUAGACAUAUAUCAAAAUGUGAAUUACGUGACAAUAAAAAUUAUCGGUUAUUUAUUUGUUGAUGGUAUUCUAAAUUUUAUUCAUAAUGUUGUGGCAUUUACAAUGAUUUCAUUAGUGUCACCGCUUAGCUACAGUAUAGCAAAUAGUUCAAAACGAAUUGUUGUUAUUGCCGCUUCAUUAUUCAUAUUGCAAAAUCCGGUGACAAACUCAAAUCUUGUUGGAAUGGCAGUUGCAUUGAUAGGCGUAUUUUUAUAUAAUAAAGCAAAAUUUGAUCAACGUCGAGCAAAACAUAAAGAAGCUAUACUACCGUUUGUAAAAAGUGAACCAAACUUAACUGCUAAUAGUGAUUCUCUACAAAUGGACGCAAUUCAACAGCUCUAUGGUCGUCAUGUUGUGUUGAAUCCAAAUGCUGAUUUGACAUCUCGACAUCAUCAAUUAGUAUCUCAACCAAUGUUAUCAACGUCGUCAAAUGCCAAUGGUUUUAUUCCACAGUAUGCAUCUCAAACAUUUAAAGAUGUUUGA